AUGCGUCGAGGCUCAACCCAGCCAAUGUCUCUAUCCGUUAGCAAGAAGCGCGGAGGCAAGGACAGCAAGGCGGCACCAGGCGAGAUAAAAGAAGGGGAUAUAUUCUACAGGACUGUUAGAAUAUAUCCAUCGCACCCGUUGGAACCCGAGGAACAGCAUGUAACGAUCACGAGGCCCGAGUUCCCACCUGGUGUGGUCGAGGUGCCGCAUCACAGACAGCGGUCGGCAGCACACUCUGAGACCACGUCCCGUAGAGGGUCGGUGAUGAGUCUUGCUGGGACAGAGCGCGGGAAUGUCAACCGUGAUGAAGCCACCACGCCCAGAGAAGAGACGGACAGGGACAGGUGCCUAUUUCUUUUCCCACCCUCCCCACACAUACAGAAGUCCCGAUCAAGGACUGUGAGAAUUGUACCUGCUGUAGAGACAGCCAGCCUAGCCAGUAAGCCCAGUGGCUCCAAGCCAGGCACACCUAGUGGGAAGAAAAAGAAAGAAGUGGGAUCAGCAGCUAAGAAAGAGGAGGCUUCUCCCAAACCAGAGCCCAAGAAAGGCCUAGGUUCCCCUGGGAAGGAGAGGAAGAAGAGUUCAACAGUUAGAGACAGGACAGACUCCAUCAAAUCUAAAGACUCCAAGAUGGAGAAAGACCCCAAAAGUGCAGCAUCACUUCCCAGAGGGGCAGAUGCGACACCUUCUGUGGUCUUUGAUCCCAAUGCUCCACAUGCAGAAGGAGAGGAGGAGCAGGCGGCAGAGCAGACCCCUGAGCCACCCAAACCCACCAACCUGUGGAUGGACUUUGAGACCUUUGUCAAGUGCUUCAAAACUAUUUACAUUUACCACAAGCCCAAUACAUAUGCAUGUAACCACAAGUUUUCUGACUUAAAGAAACUAGAAAGGCUGACAGCACAGUCCUUAGGGGCUCCAGUGGCUACACCAUCUAAACAAGACAAGAAAGGGACCCCGAGUGUUGCACCAGCCAGCAGCACAAAAGGUGGCGCUAAAGCUGCCCCCACCGCCACCGUCACGCCUGUAUAUGAUGACAGAGCUCCACACUAUAUGUUUGUUGACAAUCUCAAGCCCAGUGAGAUAGUGGUGUCCUUCUCCUCGCUGUCCCGCUGGCAUGAUGCUCCACUGGAACCCAAAGAAUCCAAGACUUCAGUCAAAGGAGGGAAAGGAGAUAAAGGAGGAGAUGAUGGUGCCAGUGUAUUAGAUGAUGACUUUAGUGACCCGGGUUCCACCCACAAGGAGCCCACCCAGCCCACUCCUGCUCAGCCUGGGCUGCUGGUGGCUGAGCCCUACUCCUGGAAGAGUCUAGUCACUGGGCAGCCAAUCCUGAGGCUCAAGACAACUGCCACUAAGGCUGCUGUGCUCACAUUGCCUCCAGGACGCCAUGUGUUACGUUUCAUGUUGACAGCCCCCCUAGGCUACCACAUCCACCUUAGUUCUUCUGUACAGUUUGUGUAUGGGGACGAGGAGACUGUCAUGGAGAAACUGACAGCUGAGAGUUGCAGGUUUGUGGACAAUGCUGUCCAGACAAUGCAAUUAAUAGGCAAGUGCAUUAACAAUCUGAGUGAUCCUCUGGCCUUUCAUCAGAGCUAUGAGGAGCUCAGUAACUGUCAUUGUCCAUACAGGAGUGUCAAGACCAUCUCCAAAGUGAAUCACUUCAAGCUGUUUAAUGAGUCCCUGUACUCCAUUCUGAGGAAAACUCUGCCAGCUGAACUUUUAACUCCUGAGAUGGCUUUUGCUUGGAGGACCUUUAAUUUUGAUGCUACCACCAAGAAUAUACUGGGUCUUACCACAGGCAGCAGGCCAGGUACAAGUGCAACCAGCCACAGGGGCUCUGCCAAGGAGAAGUCCAAGAAGCAAAAAGAGGUGCAGGUGGAAAAGAACACACCAAGUGAGGUAGACAAGCAAACUCCAGAAAACUGGCUUAACAGAGAGCCUACCCCAGAGGAGCAUGUUGCCACCAUAAAACUCCAGAAAGGUUGGCGAGGGUGUUACGUGAGGAAGAUACGGAAUGCCAGGAUGUCUGGGACAGAAGACCACCAGAAAGUUCUGGAACAGCUACAGAAGGCUUGGACCAUUUUGGAACCCAACAUGGAGCAGCAUGGUCUUAACUUGUUUAGGGCCAUGUUCAAAGCAGACCCAGACCUGAUGGAGAAGUACCCCUUCCAUAAAGAUGAGUGGAAUAAGAUCUCCUAUGCUGACUAUCAGGGCAGCUUCCCUGACCAGCCAGCUGGCACUUGGUUUGUGGUGUUCAGGGAGGUAUUCUAUGUGACAGAAGAAAUGCUAGUGGUGCCUAAGAUGUACUGUACUAUACCUAACUGUCUGUUGAGGGUGGUGAACAAUGACACAAGAGAAGAGAUCCCCAGGGUGUUCCAGAAGGUGGCACCUUUUGUCUACAAGAGAAACAGGAGAGGGUAUACAUUUAUAGCAGAGUCCAGAACCACAGACCAGCCUCUGCCCAAUGGCAAGUGGCGUAUGCGUCUGAUUGGUUCACUAACUGCCUUGCCUGCUCCUGCCAGGAAUGAGGUGAAUUGUAGCUUCCACACCAGAGAGAUCAGAGACUACUACAUCCCCAAUGAAAAGUGUAUCAUAUUCAGAUACACAGUGAAGGUGACAGAGGAACAUGUGGCCAGCCUCCAGAUGUCCACCUCCAAGCCAGAUGUCUACAUCAAACUGAUGGUGCUGGACCAUGAGGAGGAGGUGCUCAGCACAGUGGGCAAGGGCCAUGCAGUGCUGCCAUCUUUUAUCUUCCUCAAGGACCCUGGUAGUGACCAGUCUGUAUCAGAAGAGAAGGAGGAUAUGAAGAGAGCCAACAGCAGAGCUUCCAACAAAGGUGGUGGUAAAGCCCAUGCUGCAGCCAGUAAAGAGAAGGAUGCUGGGAAGAGACAGGGCUCAGCCAUGAGCAGAGCAGGAUCGCGGACUAGCAGUAGACAUUCAGAUCUGCCACCAUUAGAUCCCGAGGAAGAGGAGAAGGAGAAUAGGCCCCAUAAGUACAUUAUUCAGGCCAUGGUGAUGAGGAACAGCUGGCCACUGUCUGAAAGUAGCUGGACAUUUGUACAGAUGCUUAAGGAUAUGGAAAAGAAUGAACUGAAAGUUGCUAACAAGGAAGAGCGUCCACCCUCUGCCCCUAAGAAUGACAAGGCCCAGGGCAAGGCUGCCCAGGGGAAGGGCAGCAAAGGGAAGGACAAGGACAAGGGAGCCAAGGACAAGCAAGGCUCCAGACCACCAUCACAGCAGUUUGAUACCACCAAGCCUUACUGGACACUGAGGAUUGUUAGUGAUGGGACUGCUGCUGAAGAGAUAGAUGUGAAGAAGGACACAGAGAGAGCAGAUGAGAUUCGUGCCAUGAAGAAGGCCUGGGAGGAGGCUGAGCCAGGGCGUGCAGCCAAGGCGUUGCAGUCCCGCCUCCAAUAUCUCAGUACACACAUGAUCAAACUGCAGCCAGAGGGAGAGGAGGGAGCAGAGAAAGGGGACAGUGCCACCGCAGCAGCAGCACCCCCACAAGAAGGUGCAGAGCAGAUCUUGGCGGCAGCUGCGGCAGAGAUGGGUCCACCACAGACACCCACUUCUGAGCCUCCAGAUACAGAAGAGAUUCUAACGCUAGAACCCCCACCACCACCUACACCUAAAGAGAUGCUGCAGCCUCUGGACCUCACUCCCUACCUGAGGAAAUCGGGUGAUGGUCCCAGAUACCUGGACGAGGCCGAGAUCCAGAGACAGAUGGACGCCAAGAGGAAGGAGAUUGAGGAGUACAAGGCAUUCAGGGAGCAGGUAGAACAGUGGAGGGAAGAGGACAGGCAGCUGAGGAAUCAGCUGAAGAUCAAACAGCUAGAGGAGUGUCAGGCUUUGCAGGCUGCACUUGACAAGAAACGUAAUGAGAUCAACAUUCCUCGUGAAGCCUUCAGACAGAAAUACCUGGAGGCAGAGAGGAAACGCCUGGAAGAGCUCGCAGCCCAAGAAGCAGCACUCCGUGCAGAGCAAGAGAAAGCCCCUUCACCCAAAGGAAGGAAGAGUGCCAAGGGAAAGAAAAGUCCAGCUGGAAAGAAAAAGAAAUAGACUUUUCCAAUUUGUGUUGAAAGCUUCUGCUCAAGUUGUGAAGUAUCUAAAUAAUAGUCAUACUGGCAAGCAGCGACUGUGAUAUUCAAUGUAAUUAAAUGUGA